AUGCGAGGAAUCCGACAAUAUAAAUUAAACAAAGCUGCAGGAAAUCCUUUUGACUCUUCUAAAAUCAAGACAUAUAUGGGUGGAUUCAACACUCCAAUGACACGAAAAGAAGCAGCAUUAAUUUUGGGAAUUAAAGAAAGAAGCUCAGAAGACAUCGUAUUCCAAGCAUAUAAACGUAUUAUGAUGCUAAAUCACCCAGACAAUGGCGGAUCAACAUACAUGGCCAUGAAAAUCAAUGAAGCCAAAAAUUUACUAACAUUAAAGUAA